AUGUUCAUACGGAACGGAUGGGUCUCGGAUGCCCCAUUCAUGCUCAACGGAACGAACAUAUCCGAAUGCACUAGCUACGUUUAUCUGGGUCGGGAAUUGAACAUGAUGAGCGAUCUGACCCUCAAGUUGGGCAGGAGACGAGGGCCUUGGGGAGCGUAUGAGUGCAUCGAAGAUGUAGUGAAGAAGACCACAAACACCCGGCUCCGUGCUCACCUCUCCAAAACCACCGUACUUCGUGCUUUAACCCAAGCUUCGGAAACCUGGGCAAUUCGCAAACAGGAGGAAAACGCGGUGAGCGUCAUUGAACGCGCAAUUGAGAGAGUGAUGCUAGGAGUAUCCCGUUUCACGCAAGUGAGGGACGGGAUUCGAAGUUCUCUCCUACGUCAGCGAUCGAAGAUUAGAGACGCCGCCGCGUUUGCCAAGGAAAGUAAAAUAAGGAGGGCCGGACACGUGAUGCGCUUUAACCACAACCGUUGGACGAGAGCCGUGAGCGACUGGGUUCCCGAUAUUAAGCGCCCUGCAGGAAGACCGCCGACCCGAUCGUCAGAUUUCUCCGCGAAGUCCUUCAAAGAAAAUUAUGAUGCUCUUCGUGUCCCACGCGAAAGGAGGAACCACUGGGCGACUCUGGCAUGCGAUCGGGACAAAUGGAAGAAUUACUGGCGCCCGCUCGAUAAGUUCGAAGAUCAACAGGAGUCAAGGUAA